UCUUUAACAAGAAAUAUCGACAAUGUGAAAUUAUUUAUAUCAAUCUAUUAUUGGAUACUUCAUAUUUUCAUAUAUAAAUAUGCAAACAUUUCGUUUGCAAGAUAAGAAUUGUAUGAUUUUUUGCAGAUAAUCGAUACUUGGAUAUGUUGAAUUCAAAUAUAAAUAUCGCGGCAUUUUCGAUCGUCCUAUACUAUAUUAUAUUUCAGCUGUGUGACUAGAGACUGCGCUAUGUCACGAGAUGCUGGAUGAUCAAUACUAUUCGCACUCUGGACCAAAAAGCGGAAUCGAGAAGAUACACGUCGUCCAGCAACAACAUGAAAACCGUAACGCAUACGUGUGUGCCAGGCGCCGCCGAUUUACCUGUUGGGGAGUCAAUCGAGGAUAUCGCCGAGUCGGUAGAUGAGUUGCGAGAGAAACUCGCCAACAUGAAAAAACUCAUGGAAGAGCGACGGGGUGCGACGCUGGGUGAGAUUAGCGCUCGAAAAAGAAAAGAAACUUCCGAUAUAAUAGAUGGCAACUUCCUAUCUUGGAUCUUCGGCUCGGCCCUCGUGGUCAUCCUCAGCGUGAGCUUCUACGCCUUCUACAACCUUUAUCACGCAGUGCUGAAAAAAUUCCCAUCUCAUCACACGGAAUUGUAAAGAAGGUGCGCGAGAACGUGAUAAAAUGAAAAUACCUUUAGAGGAUGAUUGGAUUCGGAUUAACAGCAUCAUGUUAUAUAGCUUUCCAACGUGAAUAAAUUUCAUGAAUUUUAAGCUACAAAUAUUGAAGAGGAUUGAAGAAUGUAUUAAAAGUGACGAGCAUCUGAUGAUUGCAUUUCUGAAGAGAAGAUACAGUGUAAAUUUAAAAAACGGAACACGUUUAUUUUAUAUUUGUUCAAUGUAGAUAGACUUUGUAGCGAUAAAAAGCCCGACGAACUUUUUUCCACAUUCCAAGAUCUAGCGACAAUUACUAGAAUUCGCGCGAUUAUCAAUCAAUUUUCACGGCAAUGUGUGCGAAAUUGUUCAACCGGCUAUGCUAAUUUUCAAAAAUAUUGUGUACGUAACAUAAGAAACAAUUUCUCGUACAGAAUAUUAAAUCGAACGAUAGCAAAAUCACAAGUUAAGUGCCUUAAAAAGCUUACGAUUUAAUUGUUCCGCUAUGUGUGUUAUAAUGUGUUAUUGCAUCGCAUGUGUAUGAGAUAAACAAAUUCAGUUUCAACAAAUCGCCCGAUAAUUCUACUAAAUUUGAAACAAUUAAGAAGUAUCUCGCACACACAAAUCUAAACAUCGUACACGUUGUACUAAAUUAAAAAAAAAAUUUAAUUCUUAUUCUACAAUAUUGAUUAAUUGCUAUAAUCGCACUUAUGCAACUAUAAUUUCUGCAUUAAAAAUCGUUGUACAUGUUAUGAAUAAAAGAUUGAACCACAA